AUGGCCUCCAAAACCUUUCUUCGUCGUUGUUAUUCUUCUUCUGAAACCAAAUUCUCAUCUUUAUUGACAAAUUCAUGUAAAGUGGCUACAACUAUACCAAAAGAUUCAGUACAUAAUGUUGAAGAGGUAGCGAGGCUUGAUAAAUUCCUUCAAAAAGAUUAUAAAGAAGGUACUAUCACUGCUGAUGAAGCAUGCUAUUUCUUUUGUUUAAUGACUCAUAUGCAACCGAAACCACCGAUUUCUUCAUUCAACCAGUUGUUUGGAGUGCUUGCUAAGAAAAAGUCUCAUGAAGAUGUUAUUUUGCUGUACAAGAGAGUGGGUUUAAUUGGGUUGUUGCCGGAUUUGAUUACUUUGAAUAUUUUAGUUAAUUGUUUUUGUAAUGUGGGUAGAGUAUGUGAUGGUUUUGUUGUUCUUGGGAGGAUUUUGAGGUGGGGUUUUAGCCCAAAUGUUGUGACUUUGACUUAUUUGAUUAAAGGAUUGUGUUUGGAGAAUAGGAGUUCAAAGGCUAGGAGGUUGUACAAGAAAAUGGUUGUGUUUGGGGUUAUGCCUAACGUGAUUACGUAUGUGACUUUGAUUAACGGGUUGUGUCAGACAGGAAAGGUGGAGGAAGCUAAUGGAACUGACUAUCAAAGUGGAAGGAAACCUAAUGAUCUGCAUGAGCAAUCAUCCCAACUAGAAGAAACUAGUUAUUCACAGUCACAGGGUAAGGAAGAACUAUCUUCUGAUGAGUCUAAAUCAGGGCAUGAUGAUUUACAUUUACCUAUUGCACUAAGGAAGGGUAUUAGAUCCUUUACAUUGCAUCCUAUUGCUAAGUAUGUGGCAUACGAUAAGUUGGUAGAUGAUUUUUUGGCAUUCACCACUAAUCUCUCAGGUGUGAAGGUUCCAACACCGAUACAUGAAGCGUUUGGGGAUGAAAAAUGGAGGAAGACUAUGAUAAAGGAGAUGGAGGCUCUUGAGAAAAAACAAGAGUUGGGAGCUGGUGAGUUUACCUAG